AUGGCUCAUAUCUUCUCCCUAGCCACACCUGCCUCUCCAUCAUAUCGCGAAGGGAAGCGUUCCGGCGACCAGGUUAAAUUUCCGGAUUCAGGAUUCUUCCAAGGCUUCAACUUACCGUCGCGUUUGGAAGCAGAUAUCUUUGAAUUGGAGACGACAGGUGAGAUUCCGAAAGACAUAAACGGGACCUUCUAUCGCAUACAACCCGAUCACCGAUUUCCUCCACUAUUUGAAGAAGAUAUCCACUUCAACGGUGAUGGCUCUGUAUCUGCUUUCCGGUUCGAAAAUGGCCAUGUCGAUUUUAAACAGCGUUUUGUGCACACGGAUCGAUUCAAAGCAGAGACUAAAGCGAGAAGAGCGUUGUUAGGAAAGUACAGGAAUCCGUACACCGACAACGAGAUGGUGAAGGGUAUCAUCAGGACAGCUUCAAACACGAACAUUGUGUUUUGGAGAGGCAUGCUGUUAGCCAUGAAGGAAGAUGGCCCUCCCUUCGCCAUGGACCCAGUGACGCUCGAAACAAUUGGACGCUACGAUUUCGAUGGGCAGGUGCAAUCGCCUACGUUCACAGCACAUCCAAAGUUUGACCCGGAUACGGGAGAAAUGGUUUGUUAUGGCUACGAAGCAGGAGGAGAUGGUCAUGACGCAAGCUGUGAUAUUGUGGUGUAUACGAUUGACAGGGAUGGCAAGAAGACGGAAGAAUGCUGGUAUAAAGCGCCAUUUUGUGGAAUGAUACAUGAUUGUGCCAUCACAAAGAACUAUCUAAUCUUGCCGUUAACGCCAAUUAAAGUAAAUUUAGAACGGCUGAAGAAGGGGGGAAAUCAUUUCGCCUGGGACCCAAAAGAGGACCAGUGGUACGGCAUUGUGCCGCGUAGGAACGGGAAGCCAGAAGAUAUUGUCUGGCUGCGUGCUGACAACGGCUUCCACGGCCACGUCGCCGGCUCCUACGAAGACGAGAAUGGCCACGUCGUCGUCGACCUCACCAUCGCCUCCGAUAACGUCUUCUUCUUCUUCCCGCCCGACCAGCCCGACGGCACUCCCUCCACGCUCCUCCAACGCAACAAACUUGUCUCUGAUACCUACCGCUGGACCUUCGACCCCAAAUCUCCAACAAACACGCGCGUGACACCCACCAAGCUCUUUGGUAUUAACGGCGAAUUCUCCCGCGUCGACGACCGCUUUCUAACGCGUCCUUACAAUCACUUCUGGCAAUGCCAAAUCGACCCCAGCAAGCCCUACGACUUCGCUAAAUGUGGCGCACCCGCUGGAGGUCUGUUCAACGUAAUAGGUCAUUUUGAGUGGGACACUGGAAAGAAAGAUACCUGGUUCGCCGGACCUACUUGCACGUUCCAGGAACCCAUUUUCAUCCCCAGGGAAGGUGGGAAAGAAGGGGAGGGCUAUUUAAUGGCGCUGGUGAACCAUCUGGAUGUACUGAGGAAUGACAUCGUGAUUUUUGAUGCGCUGAAUUUGAGUCAAGGGCCCCUUGCGGUGACUCACUUACCCGUGAAACUAAGGUUGGGAUUGCAUGGGAAUUUUGUGGAGCAGAAGGAUAUUGAGGAGUGGAAGGAGAGGAGGAAGGAGGGAGGGAGUGUGGGGCCUGUGAAAGUAGCGACGGAGCCGUUGCCUUGGCAGAAGAAGAUGAAGGAGGCGAAUGGCGCGAAUGGGGUCAGUGGGCAUUGA